AUGUUAGAAAAAAAGUUUGCUGACAUUGACAAGAAAUUUGAGAAUGUUUUAAACAAGAACAAGAGGAAGUUAGAAAAUGCUCAGAUAAAACCCAUACAUGACAAGUUCUUAUUUGCUCAGAAUGGUAUAACAGGUCUAAUUGCACCACCUGGGUCGGGUAAGACUUUCACUUAUCUUAAAAUGGCUGCACAACAACAAGAACUAGAUGAGAAGAACCCAUUCUAUGAGUUAGUUGUUAUUUGUAGUACUUCUGGUCAAUUUGACCAAACCGUCAAUUCGUUCAAAGAUAUUAUAAAGAAGUCUAAGUUAGUAUGUAUAAAAGACUCUGAGUUGUUGGAUUGGAUAAAGAAGUACCAAAGAAGAGUUUUGAAGUAUAAUGCUAUAAAUGAGUAUAUAAAUUCGAAGUUUAAAGACCCAAAUGAGGAAAUGCAGAGAAUAUUAGAGAAGAAACACUUCAGAAACAAACAGAAAGAGAUAGAAUACAUUUCGAAGAAAUUGCAAUCUUACGAUUGGAAGACUUACCCUCAUAGAUGUCUUCUUAUCUUAGAUGAUUUCGCCUCUCAUCCUUUGUUA